AAUGUUUUCACUUCUCUCGUAAUAUUUCCCAUCGUAAUAUUUCCCAGGUCUAGGUUUUUAGACUUGAAAAUUACUUCAUUUCUCGUUCACCAUAUCAACCAGCACGCAAGAAGUAUCACUGUUCUAAUCAACCGUUGCUUCAGCAGGGAGGUAUCCCCGCCUCCAUGUAUUGAGUUUCAAUGGCGUUUGAUUGCCCCCAAUAAAACCUCUUUGUGUUCCAAGGCAAUGGCGAUUAAGCAAAGGGUUUUCAAAAUCAGUCCUAGCCAAGAUGAAAGUUGUGAUCCGCGGUCCAAAUCUGCUGCUUUUGAUCGAGCCAGUGAGUUGCAAGCAAGCCUCCCAUCUCAGCUACCGAGUUUCAUUAAGUCUAUGCUUCCUUCACAAGUUACUCGUUGCUUUUGGCUGGGACUUCCCAAGAGAUUCUGUGAUUUACAUAUGCCAAAACAUGAUGAAACAAUUGUGUUGGUGGAUGAAGAUGACCAAGAAUUCAACACAAAGUAUCUUGCUCACAAAACUGGAUUAAGUGGCGGCUGGGGAGGCUUUGCAAAUGCUCAUAAACUGCUUCCAGGAGAUGCUCUAGUUUUUCAACUGAUUGACCACUGGAAAUUUAGGGUCUACAUUGUAAGGGUAUGCGGCAGUAGUCUGAAUGAAACCGAUGGGGCGCUUGGGCUAUUAAACUUGGUUUCUUAUGGACAUCAAAACAAAAAUGUUGAAGACUCAAAGAAUCUUCAGAAAGCCGAGGAUAUGGAUAUUGAUUUACGUAAACAAAAUGUUGAAGAAAACAGUUUAGUAGUGUUUGAUCAAUCAGAAUACAACAAUGACUAUGCAGAUUCACCAGUUUCCGAAGGACUCAGAUUCUCACAAUCUGUUCUCCAGUUCAAGGAAAUCAAGAACAUUGAUGAUUUCAGUAUCGUUGUGGACGGAUUAAUCAUAGAUUCUGAGAUACCGAAACAUUUUCAAAUCAAAUACUAUGAUUUAUGUCAUAGUCAAAAGACGUAUCUUCAUGAAAACCUCUUGAAAGGUCUCAAUGUAAAACUAGCAGCUGGGGUAAUUCUUGAAACCGUUACAAUCGCUGACGCAAUCAGAGCUUGUAAAGUCGGCAUUACUCGUGAUGAUUUUGACAUAUGGGAUAGAACCCUUAAAGCCUUUGAAGAGAUGGGUAUGAAAGUCGGGUUUUUAAGAGGUCGGAUUAGUAAGCUUGUCGGGCUUUUGUUUGACUCGAACAAGCUUUUGGAAGCCAAAAAGAAUGAGAGGAGAGUUAUGAAUAAAAAGCUUUGUGAUAUUAGAGAUGUGAUCAAGAAUCUUGAUGUUGAGAUUGAAACUCUAAAGCUAACAGGAGGCAAGAACCUUGAGUCAGUCUUUUGUAAAGAGGCUAAUGCACCUUGGUGACAGACAGACAGACAGUCUUGUUUUAAAUUCGGUUUUAUGUAUACAAAAUUUUGUGGGAAUGAUUCAGUUUUGGCGAUGAUGUGGACCGCUUUCUUAUAUCCUUUGUUACAAGUCUUGUAUGGUUGUGUUUUGUAAUAGCAGCUUGUUAACUCAAAAUAGGCCGUGUUUCUUAUA